AUGAAUCGGACAUUGUUCGCUGCCAAACAUGUCGUAUCACUCAGACGUUGUGCGAGUCAUUCUGCUGCUGCUGCGUGUCGUCAGGUGAUGUCCAACCCGGAGGAAAUCGCCAGACUCUACAGAGAGCUCAGCCUCUUCCCCUCUCUGAGCAGAGCAGACGUGGGACCCGUUAUCACCUCUCAGUAUGGAGGCAAAUACAGCAACAUCUACACAGAAUGGAGCCAGCGUGAUCUGGAGAGGAAUGAGAAUGUCAAGUUUUGCAGACAGUACAUUGUGUUCCACGAUGACAAGUCGGUGGUCUACUCUGGAGCCUCAGGAAACUGCACUGAAAUCAAGGGAGAGGUGCUGAGCAAGGAUUCUCCUUCUGGUGAAAUGAAGGCAGUUGUGAGAGAAUGCACAGUGAAAGGAGAGGACAAACAGUUUCUGGAGAUCUGGAGUAAAAACAUCAAGAUGAAGAGCAUCAAUCUAACAGCCUUGAAGAAGCAUGGGAAGGUCUAUGAAGAUGAACAGUUUGGCUGCCUGGUUUGGUCUCACUCUGAGACCCACCUUUUGUAUGUGGCAGAGAGAAAAAGACCCAAGGCAGAGUCUUACUUUCAGACUGACUCAGAGUUGUCUAGUAUUGGAGACGAAGAAGACACCAUGAGAGUGGAGAAAAAGGAGACUGUAAAAGGGGAGCAGUUUGUCUUCCAUGAGGAUUGGGGAGAAGGUUUGGUCAGUAAGAGCUGUCCAGUGCUCUGUGUUUUGGACAUUGAGGGUGACAACGUCUCUGUGUUGGAAGGAGUGCCAGACGAUAUCUCACCUGGACAGGCAUUUUGGGCUCCAGGUGAUACAGGUGUGGUUUUUGUAGGCUGGUGGCAUGAGCCUUUCAGGCUUGGUCUCAAGUACUGCCCCAACAGGAGGUCGUCUUUGUUCUAUGUGGAUCUUACUGGUGGAAAAUGUGAGCAGCUCUCAUCAGGCACCAGUGCAGUGUGCUCCCCCAGGCUGAGCCCAGACCAGUGUCGAAUUGCCUACCUGGAAUGUUCUGUCUAUGGACCACACAUGCAGUGCAUCAGGCUCUGUAUGUAUGACUGGUACACUAAGAAGACGUCGGUGGUGGUAGAUGUCGUGAAGCGGCCUGGAGAUGAUGGAUUCACUGGCAUCUACAGCUCUCAGUUGUCCCCUCAGUGCUGGUCAGCCGACAGUCAGCGUAUUAUUGUCGCUUGUCCUCAGCGCAGCCGCAAGGAUCUCUUGGUAGUGGAUAUAGGCACAGGAAGCAUCACCUCUCUGACUUCAAAGUCUGAUGUUGGUAACUGGUGUCUGCUGAACAUAGAGAGAGAUCUGAUGGUGGUCAGCUGCUCCUCGCCCAACUGCCCUCCGAUUCUGAGGGUGGGCUUCCUUCCAGGGAGAGAUUCCCAAGAGGAAGUGGUCUGGAUUACUUUGGAGGACUCUCAGACUUUGCCAGAUAUCGAUUGGCAGAUUUUGACCUUCACCCCUCCCCCAGAGCAAGACAACAGUCAAUACCCGGGCCUUGAUUUUGAAGCCCUGCUGAUCAAACCAAAGGAGGUCAAGGAUGACGUAAAGCUGCCUCUUAUCGUCACUCCUCAUGGGGGUCCUCACUCAGUGAUUGUAGCCGAGUGGCGUCUGUCCUCCGCCGUGCUGUGCAGGAUGGGCUUUGCUGUGUUACUGGUGAACUAUCGUGGCUCAAUUGGGUAUGGCCAGGACAGUAUUCUCUCAUUACCGGGAAAUGCUGGCACACAGGAUGUGAAAGAUGUUCAAUUUGCUGUUGAAAGUGUUCUGAAAGGUGGCGAGUUCGACGUGCAGAAAGUGGCAGUUGCUGGGGGCUCCCAUGGGGGUUUCCUUGCCUGUCAUCUGAUUGGCCAGUACCCAGGAUUCUACAAAGCCUGUAUAGCCCUCAACCCUGUCACCAAUUUCGCCUCUAUGAUUGGCAGCACAGACAUCCCAGACUGGUGCAUGGUUGAAGUUGGCUACGACUACAGUACUAGUUGUCUACCUGACCCCGCUGUUUGGGAACAAAUGUUGAACAAGUCCCCAAUUAAGCAUGUCACGCAGGUUCAGACACCAGUACUGCUUACCUUAGGAGAGGAGGAUAAGCGUGUACCAAACAGGCAAGGAAUCGAGUACUACAGAGCUUUGAAAGCAAAGAAUGUCCCAGUUCGGCUGCUGUGGUACCCAGGGAACAACCACUCUCUCUCCAAGGUGGACGCUGAAUCAGAUGUCUUUAUGAACAUCGCCCUGUGGAUAAUUCAACACUUGAGUCAGUGAUGAUACAUUUCAGCCAAAUACAUGCUCUUGUGGUAAUGCUGUUGUUGCUGCCAGGUAAACACACUUCUCUGUAAGGGAUACUAUGUUCCUUUUUUGACAACGAUAUGAAGUCCAAUUUAAAACCAAAGCAAUGAAAGUGCUUCACAAACCUUAUGUAACUGUACUUUUCUUGUAAUCUGUUUGUUGGUAUGGUGAUUGCCACUAUUAUAUUCAAUGAGUGGAUGAAGAAGUAAUAGUUUUAACACAGCACUUGAUUAAAAACCGUUUUUAAUUCAGCAGGAAAACAUUUUGUUAUUUUUUACAGUCUUCACAUGCAGAAAACAAAGGGCUUUUCAGUGAGUUCAUUAUGAUUUUGGAUAUAUUAACAAAGAGUCACUGUUUGUUUUUUUGUUUUUUUAAAUCAAUGUGUUUUUGAUUUCAUAAUACAGUGCACUUAAUAAAAAGAUUGUGAAAAUA